GUUCAACAAUCACCAAUAUGAUAUUCUAAAAUUUCGUGCUCAGAGAGCAUCAAGGAGGAUACCCUGUCUAAAAUGGGGAAGGAACUUGUCAAAACGCUCAAGACGCUGAUGAAAGGUCGUGAUUUCUUCGUUACUCCGGCCGCGGUAGCUGCAUUGUGCAGGAUUUGCUCCAAUGGCCAGCUCCGUACGGAGGCUAUACAAUGCGGUGUCCUUGCCACAUUAAUUAAGCUGUUCAAGUCCGAUGAUCAUGGUCUGAGUGGGGGACCGCGUGGUUUAACGGAACUCGCUGAAUUCGAGGACGUGCGUGAUGAGCUAACAAAGGGUUCGCACAUCGACACGCUAGUCAAGUUUUCGAAAAGCAGGAAAGUAGAAAGGAGCAAAGAGGCCACUGAGGAACUCACAAGGCUAUCAGAACACGAUACACUCCGCGAACAAAUAAUUGAUAGAGGAGGUGUGGAAAGCAUAGUCGAUAACUUGGCGAAACCAGACCACGCAUUAUUUGCUGCGCACGCGCUUUUGACUCUCAUGAAACACGACGACGCCAAGGCACGGAUAAUGAACACUGAAGUGGACCUGCACCUACUGCAGAUGGUCGAGAAACGCAUUUUUGACGGAACAAUUCGCCGAGAGGGCAUGGUCAUCCUUGAGGAGAUAUUCGAAAAUGAUGACCUGCGAUCUAUGAUGUUAGCGCCAAGGCAUCAACUGUCACUCGAUAAUAAUGGUUCCUGGAAUUUCCCCGGCACGGGUGCACCCUGGCAAAGGCUGCCCAAGAAACUUGCCAACUGCAUCUUGGAGAAGGUAAUACACGGAUCGCCGACCACUGUCCAACAGUACCAAGGAAAUGUCAUCGGGAUUUUGCACAAGUUGCUUGAAAACACUCGGCUCGACUCAGUCCAGAAGAGCGCUGUGAGAUACCUCCGCGUUAUUGCUAAUCAUAAGGACGCACUCUCGUCCAUGGUUGGCGUCGGAAUCGUAAAAGCUCUUGUGUGGUGUAUCAAGGAUGUGGACAUCCGGAUUGUCAAUGAUGUUUUGAAAAAGAUCGCGGAUCAUCCUGAAUUACGUAGUGAAAUAAUCAAGACAGACAAAAUUCUGGCUGAGAUGCUCAGUAGUCAUUAUCCCGCCGAAAUUCUGCGCGUGACUGCCGCAUUGGAAUCUCUAUCGUCUUGCGAGGAUAUACGCCGGAAAGUUCAGAGUAUGCGUGUGUACAGACAGCUUGAGAAGGAUGCUCUUCACUACUUGGAUCCGCAUCACCACCCCCACGACCGUGAUCAGCAUACCCUUGCAUCCAACGCCAUCAAAUCGAUGAUCAAGACAUUUGACGAAGAAAAUCACAGAGUAGCUAACCUUUGAGGAGCAGCGAAAGCUUCGACGAUUGCGAAGAACAUUAAUCAUUAGAGUACGGGAUACUAGUCUACUCCCCUUCCCACUUCGGUGCACAGGUUGCACUUACUUAUUAUGAACUGCGUGA